GGAGUGUGUUUGCCAGCGCCGACAAAGCGCGCCAGGACACUGAUAGGGUAGGCGAGGUCGGGGCGAGUGCACAUCAUGGCGUACAUCAGGGACCCGACCAGCUCAGCGUAAGGACUGGUGGAGGAACCGUGGGUGGUUGUCGGCGAGAGCUGGUGGCCGACUUGGAGGGGUGUGGAGACGGGUUUGGCCGUGGCCAUCUCGAAGCGUUCAAGGACCUUCUCGAGGUAGAAUGCCUGAGAGAGGGAGAUGGUCCUGGCCGGCGGGGUACGUCGAUGAAGGUGCCGUUGCGGACAAAGGCCUCGUUCUCUUUGAGGACUGCCUUGCCCCAAUGAGGGUGGUCGGGGCAUGUCAUAGCUUCGUGAUAAUCUCCCGGCUCGAAGAUGAUGGGCGCACCGGAGAAGACCAGUACCGGAGCGCCGGUCAUGCUGAAGGCGACUGCUUGGGUGUUGGAGAAGAGGUGGAGGCGAAGAAAUUCACCAUGGGAGUUAGUGAGGAGGACGGCGUGGAGAAGAGCAUAACCCCAGAGAGAAGGCGGGCAGGAGGCGUGAACGAGAAGACACCUGGCGGUCUUUGUAACUUCUCGAACACGAGCUUCUGCCACGCCAUUCUGCUGAGGGGAGUGAGGGAGGGUGUAAGUGUGGUGAAUACCAUGGGUGGAGAAAUAGGAAGAGAGAUGGUGAUUGAGGAAUUCACCGCCGCCAUCGGAAUGGAAGCGGCGAACGGGACGACCGAAGUGGGUGCGCGCCUGCUCGGCCCAGGCGAUGAUAAAGGCCGAUGCUUCGGCCUUCGUGCGAAGGAGGGAGACCGAGGUGUAUCUGGGUGGCGUGGCCGGGGUAGAUUGUUGUGACCCCGGCCCGUUGAAGUGCACCUUGGGAGACGAGGUUAGUGCGAAGGGAGGGGACAUGGAAGCCAGUUACUGAAC